CCUGAUUGAAGAGGGCUAUUCAUAUUUUUUAUAGCCAUUCAAAUAAAAUAUAUUGUACUAGCUCAAAGUAUAGAAAUACAUCAGAGAUAUUUUGAGUAUGGCUUAGUCAUCAUAGAAUAUAUAUUGCCCUUGAUUUCAUAAAAUUAAGCAAUUGGUUUUUUUCCAUUAAAUAUUGUUUUAAUUUGAAUUUCAGUGUGACAUAUCCUUUUAUGAAAAUGCACUCCAUUUUUUGUGGAGCAAAGUCUGAGGAGAAGCUAGUCAAGGCCAGCCGCGAUAUGUAUGACUGUGUCUACUUUUUUGUUUCUUCUAUCAAUACUGCAUUCCGAAUGCUCAACCAAUUUCUUGGAAGUAAAUUAGCCAUAAUUACAGUACAGGAAAACCUUAGCAUCAAGGAAAAUCUUCAGCUUCUACAGAGUGCUCUGAAAGAGAUGCAGAUGCUCGUAGAAUUGAAAGACAAAGAUUUCCAGCAAAAAAUUGAAGUUUCUUUGUAUUCUCAACUUAUUCUGCCAACCCUUUCCACUGAUGAAAAAAUCAGGCUUGUAAAAGAUAUAUAUUCUCAAUAUAAUGGUGCUUUUGAAAGUAUCUGUGGUCCCAUUUGUGCUGUUAUAAUUAAGCAUGGUAAUCUCCUUGAAAUGCUUGAGGUUGCUAUUCAGAAUUUAAUGAAUACACCCGUGCCGUCUCUUCAAGUGAGUGAGCUUCUCAUGACCAAAGAAGAAAUUGCUAAAGCCCUUCCAGACUCCAAUCCCUGUUCAUCUGACACUUCACCACCAGUCAAACAGAAAACCCGCAGUUUUUCUGUUGUUCCCACUUCUUUUUCACUUACUAAAUUCAUGCGGAUAAUUCAUUGUAAAAAACAAACAUCUAAGGAUCCAGUUCAGUUGGCUGCAGAAAUCAUGGCAGAAGCUGUUCAGAUUUUGAAACCAUCUUGUGAACAUUUCCAAAGAUAUAUUAAGGUGGCUGAAGAGUAUGUCACAUUGAUCAUUGACAAAAAGCAAUAAACCAGAAGACAAUUGCUCAGCUUUUAGAAAUUUACUUCUCUUUACCCAGCAAGAAAGUUGCAAAUAAAAAAAGAGAAAACUUCUGAUUGGAGUAUGUGUAUUCCCAUCUAUAGUGCCAACACAGGCAUAUGUAUAUGGUUUGGCUUCUGUUCAAAAUUCCCCUUAAUAACUUUGAAGUUGUUUUUUUUUUAAUCAAUUCCCUUGAAAUGGCCUUAUCCUCCUUUACUAAUUCUUCCCUGUGCGACUUCUUCUCUUCUGCUUAAUUAUUUUUACUGUAUAUAUAUGGUUUUCAUUUCUUCAUCACAUAUCUAUUUUUCUCCUUUUAAUAACUAUCCUCAUUUUUCAAUUCCAGUUAAUUCAACUUUACUCAAUUAUAAAUAAUAAUGUGACAAAGGAAAUCCACUUAGCAUCUUCUUCUUUCUCACUCUGGUUUUUUUUCCCAAAGUAAACAUACUCAGCAUCUUGAUUUGAAAGCAUUUGUUUUUGCCUGGGAAUUCCCAUCGUUCGCAUAUAUUUGAAUUUGAUGACAAAUAAUUCCGUCUCCAGUAAAUAUCACAGUAUCAAGACACAAAAUGAAUCUGAUUUUGCUCCUCAAAGCAAGUUCAAUUGAAUGAUUCAAGAAGAUAGGCUGAAUCCUUUUUUUCAUCUCUCCUUGGUAUAAAGCUCAAUUUUGGUAUAUACCAUAUGUACAUAUGAGCAAAAUCAGUAUUAGUCCCCUAGCUGACUCACAAAAAUUGAACAUGGGCAAUCAGUUCCUUGCAUCUGAUUUCUUAGGACAACCCUAGACAAAUGGCAUAUUUAUAUAUUUGUAUUUUUCUUAUGUUUGUGUUAACGCCAUAGACGAGGGGUGUCAAAUUUGGAUUGUCACGGCAUCAUUACAUGAUGUAUUGUGACAUUUUUCCCCUUUGCUAAACCAGGCAUGGGCACGGCCAGCACAUGACACAUUUGGCCCACGAGUUUGACAGCCCUGCUGUAGACAGUCAAAUAUUUAGACAUAGAGUAGGAACAUAGCUGUAGAAGUUUUUGGAUGGAAGAGAUUGUAUAAUAGGGUUAUUUGUGCUUAAAGAUAAUUUGGAAAUAUGUUCUCGGCCUUCUAUUAAAGCAGAAAAACAAAGGCUGCUUUAGGGAAUAGCAGAAAGGUGCUAAUUCUAGAACUUGAAAACAAAUAUAGCAAAAACCUUAGAUACUAGGUUGAUGUGAAAUACAAGAAAGCUACUCCAGAAAAUUUUAUUUCAUGGGCAAUUUUUUUCAGGAAAAAAACAAUUGUUUAAGAAAUAUAGCCUUCAGUCUUUUAGUCUUAAUGAAUACACCAAAACCUGGAGUUCAGGGGGGAAAAAAGUUGCAAUUGGGAGGUAAUUAGCAUAUACAUUUCUAAUGCAACCCAAUGAAGAGAGGAUUUAUUGGCAGUUGGCUGCAACAUUCCCUAACAGUAAUUGAAGUUGCUGAAUCUGUUUUUAUAGAAACCUCCACCUACAGCACAUUAAGCCAAGGAAAGUCUCAUUAUAGCAAAAUCUUCCCUUCCUUUCCUUAUCAAUUUUUCCUCUUUAUGCCAGUUGUAUUUCCAUGAUUUUUUUUAAAAUUCUCUACUUAUUGGCCAUUGCUCAAGGAUGCUUUUCACUAACUUCCAACUGUGUUUCAUUAAGGGAAAUUGACAAUUUGAAUGGAUGAAGACAAACCAUUAGAAAUAUAAUCAAGUUAAGUGGUUCUUCCUCAUUAAUCUUUUUUCUUAUUUCAGUGUAUCUUAAAGCAGAUGCUUGUUGCAAUCCUAGUGGAUAUUCUGUUGGACAUAAUUCUUAAUAAACAUCUGUGUUCCGGGCCCAUUCCAAGUGCUUUUUUCCCUUUAUACUCAGAUGAGUACAAUAGCCAUGACCACAUAUGUUCCAAAUUGGAAAUGUAAGAAGAAUAUGUUAAAUCCAUAUUUCAGCAUCCUUCCUUAGUCAUUAAAUGAAAUGA